AGACGUCCGUUUCGUGGCCGGUGGUGUCUCGACAGCAUGAGAUUACUCAUACUCCUGGCUGCGUUGAUCGCAUCUACCACAGCUUCAGCGUACGAAAACAAGGAGUAUUAUCAGUACAGAGGCCCGCCAGCGCCAUUGACGAGCGAUGGAAUGGUCAUGGACACACCGGAAGUGGCCCACGCGAGGGCAGCCCACUUAGCGAUGCACGCGAAGACUAUGGCUAGGUUGAGGAAGGCCCAAAACGAUUAUGAGAUGUACGAGAAUAAUGACAUGAUGAUGACGAUGCCGCAAAUGAUGGAGGAACCGACGAUGCAGAAGCGACAGCGUCAGAGGAACACGAUGGCACCUCUGGCUCCUGAUGGCCGUGUCAUGGAUACUCCUGAGGUGGCCGAAGCCAAGAGCGCCCAUCUAGCGGCACACGCCAGAGCAGCAUCGAAAGCUUCCGAGUUCUACGAGCUGGACGUGUUCGAUGGGAGGAAGAAUUUAGUCUACCUUACACCACUACGUGUCACAUACAAUUAUCCAUCGUCGAACGGUUACAGAGGGCCAUUCGCGCCAUUGGGCGCCGACGGACGAGUGAUCGACACGCCGGAAGUUAUGAGAGCGCGCGAGGCGCACAUGAAGGCUCACGCUCGCGCGGUCGCCAUGUCUACGCAAAACGAUCUUUACUACUGAAGGGAAAAGCAUUCUCAUGGUCCAUUGAUGUUCUAGACGAAUAGGUAGGUGGGAUAAAUCAAUGCAAACUUCAUGAAAAUAUUAUUCAAUCGAAUCCUUCGAGAACACCCAUUUUCUAUUCCAUGCAUCUGAACCUCGCGGGCAGGGGUUCUCAACUUGCUCGAAUUUCGUGGAUUCUUUCACUUAUAUAUAGACUUUGGUACACGAGGAACGAUAUUAGAAGAAAUUUUAUAUGUAUAUUUGAUUGGGAAAUGAAUUUAAAAUUGAUUUAAAUAAAACGUGAGAGUUGAGAAUCUCUGUUAGAAGAAAAUCGUAUGUGUUUCGUGCAGAAUUUUGUCUGGUGAGUUCGUUCGGCGUUUCGAUGAAACUGUUCGAGAUUAAUGACGGUGAAAACAUGUUGAAGUAAUUAUGAGAAGCAUGGUUCGUAUUGUACCUGAUUUUUUAAUGGUUCACGAGAGCCGAAUGGUUUGACGAAACUCGAACGAGGAAGCUGCAGGGCGAUGAAUAAGUGCUUGUACAUAAUUUCACUCGGUUAAUGUUAACGGUGAUCAUUUUUGGAUAAGAGUAAUUAAUCUAGGUCCAUCCGAGUUCAUGUUGCUGACGUCGCAAUUUGAAUUUAAUUGCCAUAUGUAAUUCUUAAUCGUUAAGAAAUAUCGAUGUAGGUUUUAAGUGACAGUUACAUUGUCAGUUAAUUGUUAUACCACGCGAACGCAGGGGAUUCUUCAUGGCUGAAGCUUAAUAAUAAGAAAGCAGUCGAAUUAAAUGAUUUAUGUCAACUCUUAU